AUGGACAUCGUCACAUUGUCAUCUUGCAAAGAGUCGAGCCCCGCCAACGGAAAGCGUCCCGCUCGUAUCCGUACUCAGCACUACUGCGGCAUCUGCCUCGCCGGCUUCACUCAGGUGAGCGACCUGGCCAAUCACCUACGACACAUCCACAAUGUCGACCGCCCCUUCGAGUGCGACAUCUGCGGCGUCACCUUUCGCAAUCCCCUGAGCGUAACGCGCCACAAGCGCACCCACCUCUCAGCUAAGCGAUACACCUGCGAACUUUGCAAUUACGCCUGCCACCAGAAGUCGAACCUCGAGCUUCAUCGCCGAAUCCACGCGAACAACUACGCGUACCGCUGCGACACUUGUGGCGCCGGUUUCAUGCAGCGCACCAAGUACCUCGAGCACUCGGCCCUCCACGAGGGCAAAGCCGGCAGCCACAAGUGCCAAUUCUGCGACAAGGGCUUCAAUUACAAGCGCAACCUCGUGGCGCACCAGAAGAGCCAUCAUCCGGAAAGCAGGCCUGACUACCGUGGCCCCCUGAUCCAGUGCAGCCACUGUCCAAGAACGUUCAUGAAGGACGAGAGUCUCAGGAGGCACGUGAAUUUGAGCCACGCGGGCCUACCGAAGCCGUCGAAGAAGUGUCUCUGCGACCUAUGCGGUGCUCAGCUCUCCUCGAAGACAACGCUCGCCCAGCACGUCAGAGCCCAUCGGGGCGAGAAGGUCGGCAGCUGCGAGAUUUGCGGCAAGAGCUUCGCCAAGUGGGACAACUUGCGCGUGCACAUGAGGAUACACACCGGCGAGAGACCCUAUCUUUGCUCCGUCUGCGGCAAGAGUUUCAUACAGAGGACGACGCUAGUCCAACACGUCAGGAUCCACACGGGCGAAAGGCCUUACCGAUGUGACGAGUGCGGGAAGGGAUUCGUGUCGGGCUCCUUCCUUAAGAAGCAUGCGAAGAUCCACGUCGAGAGUAAAACGAAGAAUGGAAUUGAGCUGACACCUUCGGCCUAA